AUGGAUUUGGGGUGGCCAUGGUUUUCUUACGGCGUGAUCGACGACGUGCUCUUCUACUAUUCCGACGGGUUCGAAUGGUAUGACACUGAGGUAAGGUUAUGGAGAAAAUUGAAGGGUUUGGUAGGGCUGCCCAAGUUUGCCCAUUACGGCUGUGUUAAAAUGGCGGAUUAUGGUGGGAAGAUGGCGGUUUUUUGGGACAAGUAUCUGCCUUCCAGUGGAUACAAGAAGAAGACGAUUUGGUGUGCUGUGAUUUCACUUGAAAGGCGCGGCAGUGAAGAGAUUUGGGGGAAGGUCGAGUGGCUAGAUGCUGUGCUCACUGUCCCUGAGUCUUACGAGUUCGUUUGUGCUCUUUCCGCCACUGUUUGA